CUACGUUCUUGAUAAGUAUUUUUAAAAUACAGUUUCUAAUGCAAUUAAAGCAUGUAUAUUUAUGAUUGUCGAACACUAAUAUAAUUUUUAAAUAUGUAUUCUUUUGCAAAAUAUAAAUGUAUUAAAGCUAUAUCAAGACCUUAUAUGCUCCGAAAUGUGAGUAAAGUGGCAUCUGAAAUCCGAAUUUAUGAAGUUGGGCCAAGAGAUGGACUUCAGAAUGAAUCUAAAUUUGUGCCAACAGAUAUUAAACUUGAACUAAUCAACAGACUUGCAGCAGCUGGUAUAAAAGAUAUAGAAUCUACAAGCUUUGUUAGCCCAAAAUGGAUAAAACAAAUGAGUGAUAGUGUAGAUGUAAUGAAGAAUCUCAAAAGAGUGCCUGGCGUCAAUUACCCAGUUCCAGUUCCAAAUCUUAAAGGCUAUUACAUUGCUAAAGAAUGUAAUGUAGAAGAAGUGGCAAUAUUCCCUGCUGGCUCAGAAGGAUUCUCUCAGAAGAAUUUAAACUGUUCAGUUAAAGAAAGCUUACAACGGUUCAAAGAAGUUGCUGUUCAAGCUGUACGGGAUGGUCUAAGAGUUAGGGGCUAUGUGUCGUGUGUUGUGGGUUGCCCAUAUGAUGGACCAAUCAGCCCAAAAGUUAUUGCCAAGAUAACAGAAGAGCUACUGGAUAUGGGAUGCUACGAAGUGUCGCUCGGUGACACAAUAGGGGUCGGCACGGCCGGCUCUAUCCAGCGUCUAUUACGUGAAGUUUUGCAAGUGGCAUCACCGGACAAGCUUGCUCUACACUUCCACGAUACGUACGGCCAAGGAUUGUCUAAUUUGUUAGCUGGUUUGGAGUUUGGUAUCAAGACGGUCGACUCUUCGAUCUCUGGCCUCGGCGGAUGUCCAUAUGCACGCGGGGCGAGUGGCAACUUAGCCACAGAGGAUCUAGUCUACUUCCUGUAUGGUCUGGGAGUCAAUACAAACAUCGAUUUAGUACAACUCAUCGAGACGGGUCGAUACAUUUCAAAUUUUUUGGGCAAACCAACAGAAUCUAAAGUAAAUAGGGCCUUAGGAGAUAGGUUCAAAAGUCACAAUGAUAUUGUAAAAGUAGCGGCUUGCGACGUUAAUUAAUCUAGUGGUCUACCAUGAAAUGAAAUUCCGAAUUUUCUAGCUCAAUUUCGUGUUUUGUUCGUAACGAAAUGGACCCAGUAAAUGGAGCUUAACGUUUCGUUGAUCAUAAAUCUUAUCCUAAUAGUCCAGAGGAACGAUAUUUUAACAUUUUUAAUAAUUUUAAACGGCAUGUAUUAUGUAAUUUUAACAUCAAAUUUCUAUUUCAUUCGCCCCAAAUUUUCCGAAAAUAUUUCAUGGUAGGCCCUCAGAAUGUAAAUUCUCUACUUGUAAACAAAGCAAUACAAAGGUGAGUACAUAUACCUACAUAUAGUUUUAUAAAUAUGUAUUCUACAUGUGCCUGUUUUUAUACAAAUAAAAUUUAUAUUUUUAAA